AGAAGUGUUUCAAAGUAAAAAAUAGAAUGCAAUAAUGCAAAUGCAUAGCAAAUGUAUAAAAACAUAAACAACUUACAACACUUUUGUGUUUAGAACGAUAAAUUUCUCCUAUACAAUUAUAAUGAAAGUGCUACAUUAGAACACACCAAACUGAUUUUAUUUUCUUUAAAAUUAUAUAUUAAUAAAAACUAUAUAAACGAAGACAGUGAUAAAAAUUCGAAAAGGGUUCCUGUUCUGAAUUUUUUAUCAAAGUAAUGAAAUGGGUAACCAACUAGUUGGAAUUGCGCCUUCACAAAUAUAUCCCGUUGAACAUUAUUUAAGUGACCAUGUUGAGCUCUCUUUUGAUCAAAGUCUUGGUUCAACAAGAUUCUUUAAAGUGGCUCGGGCUCUUACCAGGGAAGGUCAGGUCGUUGUCAAGGUGUUUGCAAUACAUGAUCCUUCACUACCACUACCGGAACAUAAAGAAAGGAUCCUAAAAAUUAAGGAACAACUUGCUUCAGCUUUUAAUAUAUUGCCGUUUCAAAGAGUCAUUCUCACCGACAAGGCAGGCUUAUUGGUCAGAGAGUACUGUAAAUGUAGCGUUUACGACAGGAUGUCCACGCGGCCAUUCCUCACCGUAUUGGAGAAAAAGUGGAUAACAUUCCAAGUGUUGUAUGCCCUGCAUAGGAUGCAUAAACUUGGUAUAUGCCAUGGGGAUAUCAAGUUGGAAAAUAUAAUGGUGACAUCCUGGUUAUGGGUGCUACUGACGGACAUCGCAUCGUUCAAACCAACAUUCUUGCCGGACGACAACCCGGCAGACUUCAGUUACUUCUUCGACACGUCGAGAAGGAGGCUCUGCUAUGUCGCGCCGGAGAGAUUCGUUAGAGCUCCUGAUCCGAGCAAUCAGUCUUCGGGCGAUAUUCCAGCCGGGUUGCUAUUGAGCGAGUCGCCUUGCAAAUUGGGUGAUCUAGCGCCCACCAUGGAUAUUUUUUCGACAGGCUGUGCUCUCUUGGAAUUGUGGAAUGAUGGUACACCCGCUCUUGACCUGCCAGGGCUGCUGGCUUAUCGUAAUGGUGACGACAGGCCUUCGACCAUGACGUUACCAGAUUCUGCAGAACCAGCUCUUAAAGGACUGCUGCACUCCAUGACUGAACGCAACCCAAAAGACAGGAAGAGUGCUGAGAUUUACCUUGAUGAAGCGAGGGGCACAUUAUUCCCCGAAUACUUUUACUCAUUCCUGCAAUCGUAUAUUCUUAUAUUCUCCGCUCAGCCGAUACUGCCUGCGGACGAAAAAAUAUCCCGAAUACACCAAGAUAUAAAGAGCAUUAUCAAGAUAUUCACGCAACCCUCGAACGCAAAGAACUAUAAAGACCUGGUGGAUGAGACCACGGAGAAGAAAGAGACUGAAACGUUGGUGCAGGAAGGGUUUAGGGUGAUGACGGUGAAUGUGGCUGAUGUGGAUGAUGAAGUACAAGCUCAGAAGGUCCAUCAGGGACCGGACAGUGAAGGAUUAAUCCUGAUAACGUCAUUGGUGACGUCAUGCAUUCGGGGCUUGCAUCAUUGCACGUCGAAGCUCCAGUGUUUGGAAAUUCUGCAGAUUUUAUGCGAGAAUUCCAGUUCGGAAACUAUUUUGGAUAGGAUUUUACCGUAUAUUAUCUACCUGUCGCACGCGCCGGAGCCCCGCGUGCGCGCUGCCGCAGUCUGGUGCGUGACGCGCUGCGUGUCGUGCGUGACGUCACUGCCGCCGCAGGACUGCAACGUGUUCCCGGAGUACAUCCUGCCGGAGCUGGCGCCGAGGGCUUCCGACUCCGCAUUGCCUGUACGGAUCGCUUAUGCCAACAACAUUGCGAAACUAGCGGAGAUAGCCGUCAGAUUCCUGGACCAGACGCAGAACAUGGUGGAUAAGGAGGCUGCUAAUAUUAACUAUGAGACGGAGCUGUCAGUGCUUCAUGAGAUGGUACGAUCGACGGUGUCGUAUCUUCUGACGGACUCGCAGGCGGUGGUGAAGCGAGCGCUGGUUGAGAACGGCAUUACAAAGCUGUGCGUCUUCUUUGGGAAGCAGAAAGCCAAUGACGUGAUCCUGUCACAUAUGGUGACGUUCCUCAACGACAAGGAGGAGGUGACCCUGCGAGGAUGUUUCUUCGAGCGCGUGGUCGGAGUGGCUGCAUACGUGGGCCAGCACGCAGCCACCAUCCUACUGCCGCUGUUGCAUCAGGGUCUUACAGAUCCGUCAGAGUGGAUAAUAGCCAAGGCGAUAAGAGCCAACAGCAACUUGGCUGAACUCGGGCUGCUGCCGAAGCAAGCUCUGUGCUCUUUACUGGCGGAGACUGCCGUGUACCUAGCGCAUCCUAACCUAUGGAUACGUCACGAGGUUUGCGGUCUAGUGUCAUGUGUUGCCAAUCUACUAAACCCCAUCGACGUGAACUGCAAGAUACUGCCGCUGGUGUGGCCACAUCUCAAACACAAACUAAUACAGGUGGAGAGAGCAGAAUUGGUACUGGAGAGUCUUGCCGAACCGGUUCCGAGGAAGGUUCUGGAUGCUGUGCUGAGACACGGAGACGUGGAUAGACUUGUGCAGACCUUGCGGGAGAGGAAAAACGCAAGACUCAGGGUGAAACAAGGCAUGGCCCCCCAGUAUUCUGAUAUGGGACAGCAAUUAAAGAAUCUAUUUAGAAGACUGGGCUCUGACGGUAUGACUGAGCACGUGGAAAACCAGCUGCUGGCAAUGAGUGCUCACCUUAUUAAAAUACAAAGUUCUGCUACUCAGCACAUAACUGAAGCGCCGGGUCGCUUGGUGCUAGCGGGCGGAGGCCUAUCGCGCUCCGUGCUACUCGACACGGGCUCCGAGCACGUCACGCCGACCCUCACCGACAGGACAUAUGCCUCAGGCCAGAACAGACGGACACACAAGACAUCGCAGUCUCACGAGACUCACAUGAACUCUGAGUGGCAGCACAUGUUUGGACAUGCGCAGGAGCAAGCUAACGCUAAAGAUGGAGGCUCUCAGUCGAUAUCGCUUGGUGCUAGUACCAGUCCCAGUGGAGCAGUGCCGGGCGAGCCUGGUGCUAGUGUGGGUGCAGUGCCAGUUCACUCCCAGAUGGGGCACAGUGCCAGCUACGUGCAAUACAGUAUGGCGCCAUGCAGAGUCGAGCUGCGGAAUUUGAUAACGCGAACCCAACAAAAGUUUAACAAGUCCUUAAGGAGUGGUGAAGACCGUUUCGAGAGCAGCGAGGAGACGGCUCCUGUGGGAGUUGGAGGCUGGCGACCUGGCAAUCAGCUGCUGGCGUAUCUCAACGAGCACAAGGCCUGUGUGAACCAGCUAGCGUGUGUGCCCGCGCAUCGCUCUAUGUUCGGCUCGUGUUCGGACGACGGCAGCGUGCGUGUGUGGGACGCAGCCAAACUGCAGGGACACGCUUACGUUAACAAAUCAAAAGCGAUGUACAACAGAGGCGCCGGCGGGGUAGUGUCGCUAGCGUCGUGCGAGGGGGGGCAAUCCUUGGUGGGGGCUACGAGAGAAGGAUCUAUAUUUGUACUAAGGUUGGAUUCGGGGUCGUCGCGGCUGACACUGUCGCAGUGUCGUCAGGUGGACACGGGCGCGGUGGCGUGUGCGAGCGCAGGUGGCGUACACGCACAUGUCAUCUCGUACGCCACACUCGACGCCACCAUCGUCGGCUGGGACCUCAGGGCUCCUGGUAACGCUUGGAAGCUGCAAGGCGAUCUGAAGCAAGGAGUGUUCACGUGCCUGUACGCCAACAGUUGCGGGUACCUGGCCGUGGGCACCUCGAGUGGCGCCAUCUGUGUGUGGGACCUCCGCUUCCAUCUGCCCAUCACCACUCUCAAACAUCCUAAUUCGGAGCGGAUAAGGCGCAUCGUGGGUGCAGGCGGGUACCGGUCGUCUCGUAUCUGGAGCGUGGGCGGCCGCGACGCAAGCGCGUGGUGUCUCGAGAGUGCUCAUCGCACACACGCGCUGUGGACUGCCGCACAGCCGCCGCUCAACUAUACGGCGCCGUCGUCGAACUACAUGAGCGCCAUAUUCAGCGCGGGCGCGGGGGGAGGUGGUGAGGAGGGGUGGGUGGCGACGGGUGGGUCGGACCUGCGCCUGCGCCUGUGGGACGCGCGGCAGGCCGACGACUCGCAUGUACUGGUGCACGCGCCGCACGACCGCGCGCACGACAUCAAGUACAGAAGUAGGAUAAUAGACGGGACGACAGUGAUCCAAGAAUGCUGUAAGUCGAACCCCUCACCUCCCCCCUUCCUGAUAGAAGACAACGUGUACAAAAGCGUGGAGUCGAGAACAUUCCACCACAUAGCACCGAUAACGGACAUCACUGUAGUCGAGGCCAGUAAGAACUAUCUGGUCAGCUCUUCUGCAGACGGCGUUAUCAACGUGUGGAAGUAAUUGUUAAUCUAAGUUGCUCAUGUGUAUAUUUUAUGCAAUAAAUGUUUCGUUAUA